AUGGCGCUCUUCUGCUGGAUCUACGAUUCCCUGGUGCACCCGCUGGACGAGUUCCGAGACCUCUCCAAGGUGGUGAAGGGGCUGACGGGGUUGGCACCCGGGCGUGCCCAUGCGAUGCGCGGCCGUGUUGUCUUCAUGGAGAGUCAUGACACCGCCGCUUCGGACCGCUACGGAAGGGUUCCAGCAGCUGUGCACAACGGACGGGCUUUCAUGAAAGAGGGAGCCGAGGGCGGAGGCGGCGAUGCAUUCCAGCAAGCUGGUGGAAGAUUGCCCUACCCAGACCCCGAAGAGGUCGCCACGAAUGAGUUUGCAUGGAGACGGGCGGCAUUAGGCUUGGUGUUGAUGUUCACCUGCCCGGGCGUGCCCAUGCUGCUGCAGGGCCAGGAGGUGGGUGAUUGCCAGCCCUACUGUUGGCCGAAUGGACCCGCUUUGGACUGGGACCGAGCGAUGGAAACAUCCGGGAUCCCGGCUGCCUGGAAGAUGCUUUGCCAGGAUCUGAUUGCACUGAGGGUGGGGCGAAGUGGCACGCCAUCAGCGAGCCCGCUGCAGGGCGAUGGUAUCCACAUCUUCCACGACCAGGGCGGUGUAUUGGCCUACCUUCGCUGGCAUGAAGCCGAGGAGAGCCGCAACAAGAAAACAUGCGGUGUACGCCUAGCCCUUGUUGUCCUCAACUUCCGCAACCACAACUUCGGCCACUACACCAUCGGCGUGCCACCCUCUCGAAUUUGGCACAUUGCUGCGAGCACUCCGCGCUUGGAGAACAUUCCAGACGACAUCCAGGUGGGAGUUGCAAUCGCAGGCGUUGCAUCUCACGUGAACGGGGAUUGGUUUGACGCAGAGAUGCCAACAGGUGACCCAGCGCUGUCCUACUCACGGAUUUCCGAACUGCCUCGAGGUACCUUUGGAGGCCUAUGCUGGGGUAGUCCUGAUGCAAGAUUGCUGACAGCCCGUGGCAGCUGUCAGGCGCUAUGUGAGGACAUCAUCCGAAAAUCGAUCUCCAUCGACAAUGUCGUCCAAAUCAUGAUGACGGCCAAGGCACACCGGGCGGAUGGUCUGAAGGACAUUUGCAUGGCCAGUGUCCAAGAUUUCAUCAUCACAAACGAAGAGAAAAUCAAGCCCACUCCAGCCUUUAAGGAGCUGAUCCAGGACCUUCUGCAUGUAAACCUGCCGUGA